UGAAACAGAUGGAGGAGCAGUGAAACAGCGCGGCGGUGAGGUUGCACGGCCGCUGCCUGCAAAGUGUGAACCUGUUUGCGAACGUUUACAAAUGUUUACGAACUGCACGUCGGUCUGUUGUUGCUAUGAUUCGUACGAGUUAGCAAACCUAGUUUGGAAAUGUUCUCCCAGUUUCAUCUUAAAGAGAAUAACGCGAAAACGGAAAAGCUUAUAUGACCUUUACUCAGUGUGUGAAGCUGCUCUGAGACGAUGUACUCAAACAGGUCGGAGCACAGUCACAGGCGGCAGCACGGUGACAGGAGUUCCAGGCAGUGGAAUGACAGACGUGAACCCCACAGAGAUGUACCUCGGGAUUCCUUCCAAAAAUAUGAUAGAGCUGAGGGAGGAAACCGAAGCAGAGAGUACAGUGACUCGCCUCAGAGGCGAUACAGUCAAGACUGGAGCAGAAAGAGCCCAGUGAGAAGACGCGGGUCUUCUCCUGAUAGGGGUGCUACUGAAAAGAAGAGGCGAAGGUUUGUUGAUCAUGAUGAUGAUCACAAAUACAGAUGUGAACCUGAGGAUAAAACAUACAGACAAUCGCCAGAUGGUUUUUCACAUCAACCCAAGGAUUUCAAACAUUCACUACCACAAAAAGACAAUUUCAAAUACAAGAAAACCUCUCAAGACUCGAGACACAGGCAUGAAGAGUUCAGCUACAGAACACAGCAUGACGAUCACAGACCAGCGUCUGGAUAUCACAAAGACCGAGAUCAUCGUGAAAGGAGCUGGGAGCGUUCAGAAGGGUCGACACGAUCUCAAGAGAGCUCCAUGAACAAUUUUGUCAAAGGAGGAGCGAGAGAAGACAGCCCCUCCAGACGUCACGAGGAUCCUCAUCAUCAAAGUAGUGCAAGGUUUCCAUUAAAUGAACCUUGUGGACAGUCGUUUGAGCGUGACCUCAUCAACCAAACUCCCACUCUUCCUGAGCAGAAGUCCAAUGAGGGCUUUCAGCGUUUCCUCGACGUGCUCAACAAGGGCGUGAACGUCGCCAUGCUCACCAAGAUCGUCACUCGUCCGUCUCCAGAAGCCAACAAUCCACCGCACUCCCCUGGUUCUUUCACGGACACGGUGCAACAUCUGUGGUCUCCUGAUUCUGAUGAGAAGCAACAAGGAAGCCACCAAAACAACGGCCAGUGGAGUGAGAGCGAAGGACCCCGGCGACCUCACUGUGAGACCAAGACCUUCAGCCCAGUGGGACGUUCUCUGUCUGAUGACACGUCACUGCAAAGGAGUGAUGGAGGACAAAGCCACCAUGGUUCGAACAGCAGAUUCAAGUCUCCGUCCGUGGUGGCGAAUAAAACAAUGACGCCUGAAGAUGAGCACAAGCACAAGCAAAUUCAAGAUGUUCUGCAGGCCAUUGGCUUGGAUCUGGGUUCUGAGGAACUGGGCCAAAUGUCCCAUCGAAUCCAGGAGCGGUUAUACGGAAAGAAGGAUGUUGACCUGGCUCGCUGUCGAGGCGGAAGUAGAGAAAGAGACACGAGGCGAGCGAUUUCUCCACAAUAUCGAAGUAGAUCGUCCUCAUCAAACCGAUCAAAUUUCAGCUCUUUGACUGGGGACAGUUACAUGAAGAAAGACUCAUGUCAUGCUCAGAUGGAUGGAACAGAGGUGCAUCCCAUUCAGGCGCUUAAGACUGGUGAAUAUGUCCAGAAUAAUAGCAGUGAUUGUGUUCAGGACAGUGAUAAAUGUGAAACCACUGCUACAUUUCAGACAUUUUCUCAUGAUAACACCUACAGUGUUUCAGAGCCGCCUCCUCCUCCUCCUCCUCCCACAGUGCCGCUGACAUACUCUCCAGUGAACUAUUCACCUCUGCCAUACUCACCUCUACCGCCACCUCUGCCUCCGAACUUACCCCACGUCAGACCCAGUGUUUUCUUGCCUCCCUACCUCCCUUUCCCCCCUGUCCCCCCUGUCCCACCUGUGAACUUCUUCCCUCCAACAAACCACUUACUCCCACAACACAUUAUCAAUCCUCAGUCAAACUUUCAAAACCGGCCACAAAUGAACCAACAUCAGCCAGUGAACAAUGCACAGAAAUCCAAACCACAGCCCAGGCCGAGGUGUUUGCAGGUCAUCCAAACAAAACAACCUGGAUAAUGAAGAUGUGAGGAGAUGUGGGUGGGAAAUCUGAGCAGAGAAACUCACUGGUGUAGGACAGCAGCUCCUUUAUAUUAACAACACAUCACACAUCAGAACAUCCUUCAGACAAAAGCAGCAACAAGUAAUGUUGAGAAUGAUCAAUGACGACUGUCCAUCACUCAGUCUGUGUUUUUCAGCCACGGCACAAUGUCACACACACACACACACACACACUAAACCCACAGUGACCGUAACCCUUUUUGAUUUAUUGUAUUAUUUAUAGCUAGUCAUAAAUGAUGAGAUACGGUUUUGUUGUAAUCAUGUUUGUUUGCAAAUGUCUUUUUUCUGAGGGUACUCCCUUCAUGUGAAUAUUUACCAUGUAUAGUAAACAACAUGUGUUUUUACACCAACUGUUGCUGUGUAAAUAUCUGACGAGUGUAAUAAAUACAAUGAUUCUGAAGUAAA